AUGAGUAUUCCAUACAACAUCAACGCUGCAAAACCAGCUGCCACCAUGGAAGGCUCCCUCGAAAGCCAAGAGAAGAAUAGGCGAAUUCCGCUUGUUUAUGGCUCGAGAAACGGUUCACCAAACCCCCAAAAUUAUGCAAUGGGCACCCCUUCUCCUCCACUCACUUCUCUACUGAACAGGAUGUUGAACAAUUCGAUGGUUCCAUCACCCCUCACGCUUCCACCUCAGCAAGGAAUGAGAGCGAACCACAACUCCAUGCUUUCGAAAUCUUCAGAACAAACGCAACACAACCAGAUACAACACGCGCAUCAAGGCUCAGACCAGAUGCAUCGACAACAGCGAGGGCCCACUCCACAGAGUUACCAAGAAUACCAGCAGCGCUCACAGAAAGAAACCAACUCAAUGAUGAACGUUGGCGAUUUUCAACACAACCAGCAACAACACCAGAUACACCAGAACCACAACUCACAAGUUCCUCACUACGCGAGCCCGCAAAUGUUCAGCAAGCAGGGUCAACAACAACACUUGGCACAAGGCCAUCCGCCCUUUGAAUAUGGCCAAUACCAACACAUACAGCCACUAGGACAACAGAUGGACCAGUCUGAUUUCCACCAAUAUUCUCAACACCAACAACAACAGCCAAACCAGGACACGCACCAGGUGCAAUCGCAAUUUGCAAACCAUGACCAAAAAUCUCUUGGGGCGCUGCCUCAAAACUCCGAUGAAUCUGAGGGCAAGCACAAAAUAACAAUAGUUACCAAGUUUGUUCCCGCGACUGAGGAUGAUGGGUCAAAGAAGAAGAGAGGACGUCCCAAGAAAUAUAUCUUGGAUCCUGCAACGAAUGAGUUCAUCGAUUCCUCCCACGAGAACUUCAAACGUCUCAAUAAAUUACUCAAGGAGAGUACCAAAACAACUCUGAAGAAACUUGGCGAUGCCGAGCAGCAUGUGGGUAUCGUAAAAGGAACGUCUCUCAAGUCCCUUAAUGAUGUGGCUGUGCAACAGCUUUUGGAAAAGAAAGAUAAAAGAGGACGCCCAAGAAAAUUCCCAAUUGAAAAAACCGGCCUCACCAUUCGUGGUGUGAGGGUAAGUGGAACUGGCCGGGGGCCAUCUGAGAAGGCUCAAGUUACAGCUUCUAAUGUUGCAGCUGAUACGGAUAAGGUCAGCAAAAAGAAGAGAGGAAGACCCAAGCGCGAGGAGAGUGUGGGCGCCACUGUACAAUAG